AUGAUUGACACCUAUGACAACGCGCUACUGAAAGGCAAGGUAAGAAUCAACUUGCAUACUGUACGCUUAUUACAGCUCAAUGCAAUUGGCAAGGACGUUGGAUUCAUUUCCUGAUUUCACUGGGAAAUCAAAUGGAAUUGAUGUGUUGAGGACAACUCAUUCUGAGUAACAAUCUGUACUAGUCCUAUUAGCAGUAUCUCCGGCCAUGAGGUCUACCUGUGUCAAGGGUAGACAUGUUUUCAGGCGCAGAGUGGAUAUGAUGAUGUGUGAGUAGUGGAAAAAGAGAUGUUAAUAACACACUAAGGGGGUGGAGGGAGGCAGCCUGGUCGGACCAUGUCUUUAUAUAACGAGAAGGCCAUGUGUGGAGGACCGUGUGGGCCCCAGAGCUGGGGGGUGGAGCAGGCGUAGAGAUGGUUAACAGGUUUGGGAGAUGUAGUUCCUAGUCAUCCCCAGUCAACUGUAGUCCUUAGUCAAGUGUGAAAACAGCGAUUAUGAAACACAAACUGACCAAUAUUGAUUGGUUCUCUGGCAAAAGUUUAUAGUACAUACAGCAGAGAGUAUAACAUUGGACAAGAUCAUUUUUCUUCCUAAGGUUGUUCAGCGAGCAGCCAUAGUAGAUCAAUUUGACCCCUUUAAUUCACCCAGUGGGUCAUGGCUCUUACAUGCAUGUUGGAUUGUUAAGUAACAAAUUAGUUGUGUACACUAAGCACUGUCAAAUUCAACUGGCUUUCCUGUUUACUGUAUUGUAAAUGUGCUCAUAGAGACUAGAAUUAGAGUCUGAAGAGAACUCCCAAGUGGUGGGGAGGGGACAGCAUUUCUGAGGUACCAGCGUUCCAUAACCAUUCCAUACAUGCUCCAUAGAUGGACUUGGGGGAAUUGGAGCUCAGCCAUCCCAUUCAGCCCCCCUGCCAGACCUAGCAGCUCAAGCGAGUAGCAGCCCCUGCUUUUCCAGCUGUUGUUGUCCCCCCCCCCCCCCCCCCCCCCCCCCCCAAAACAAUCCUUCCUCCCCAAUCUCACAACUGCUGCACACUGACAACCAUCAACCACAGGGUCCCCCUUCCCUUCACCCCUUACGGCUGUGUCCUGUGUAUGCAACCAGUGGAGGGGACUGGAACAGAACGAGCUCCCUGCCGCUGUUGUUGUGGGGAACUCACAACAACAGUGCUAUGGUUUCAUCCACACACGGCUAUACGCUAAUGACUAACUAUUUUGGAGUGAGUGCAUCUGGCUGUUCCUCUGCAUGCUCAUUAGCUAGGGAGUAUCAGGAUGGGUGAGAAGCCUCUGUCCUCUUAGUACAGCUGCGUAGAUCUUCUAUUUCCACCUCUUGUUUUUCACUGUUCUGGUGAAUGAUGGUGUUGUUCCUCUCUGCUGGCUGGGGCGUUUUGGGAGCACAAGGUGGGUACUGUUGUAUCUUUAAGCAGGAGUGAAUCCAAAGUUGUUGCACAAAAGUAGGCUUGCGUAAGAACAAAUUCUAAGCUAAAUGAAGUUCUAUGACGUACUAAGGCAGGUUCAAGGAGGACUCUCUGUGUGUGUGUGUGUCAGAUUUUAUGACUUUGUGGCUGUGCCAGCUAGUGACCACUCUGCAGAGCUGCCUCCAGAACAAGAUUCAUGACGAAAAACGCUGACCUGCUCUGAUGUCUGGCUAAUACAUCAGUACUCUAGCUCUGUCCUCUCUCUUCAGCAGCUCGUAGGGCUGACAGAGGGGAAUGCAGAACCAUAGAUCCAGGUGACUUAUGAGUUCAUCAUGAAGUUCUUUUUGAGCUGACUGCCAGUCAAGCCAUCAACUCCCGUUCCUCCCCGCUCUUAACCUGCCAUAUAACAUACUGUCCAUUCUGCUAUGUGUAUAUACAGUACCAGUCAAAAGUUUGGACACACCUACUCAUUCAAGGGUUUUUCUUUAUGUUGACUAUUUUCUACAUUGUAGAAUAAUAGUGAAGACAUCAAAAGUAUGUAAUAACACAUAUGGAAUCAUGUAGUAACCAAAAAAGUGUUAAACAAAUCAACAUAUAUUUUAUAUUUUAGAUUCUUCAAAGUAGCCACUCUUUGCCUUGAUGACAGCUUUGCACACUCUUGGCAUAAUCUCAACCAGCUUCACCUGGAAUGAUUUUCCAACAGUCUUGAAGGAGUUCCCACAUAUGCUGAGCACUUGUUGGCUGCUUUUCCUUCACUUUGCGGUCCAACUCAUCCCAAACCAUCUCAAUUGGGUUGAGGUCGGGUGAUUGUGGAGGCCAGGUCAUCUGAUGCAGCACUCCAUCACUCUCCUUCUUGAUAAAAUAGCCCUUACACAGCCUGGAGGUGUGUUGGAUCAUUGUCCUGUUGAAAAACAAAUGAUAGUCCCACUAAGCGCAAACCAGAUGGGAUGGCGUAUCGCUGCAGAAUGCUGAGGUAGCCAUGCUGGUUAAGUGUUCCUUGAAUUCUAAAUAAAUCACAGACAGUGUCACCAGCAAAGCACCCCCACACCAUCACACCUCCUCCUCCAUGCUUCACGGUGGGGACCACACAUGCGGAGAUCAUCCGUUCACCUACUCUGCGUCUCACAAAGACACGGUGGUUGGAACCAAAAAUCUCUAAAUUUGGACUCAUCAGACCAAAGGACAGAUUUCCACCAGUCUAAUGUCCAUUGCUCGUGUUUCUUGGCCCAAGCAAGUCUCUUCUUUUUAUUGGUGUCCUUUAGUAGUGGUUUCUAUGCAGCAAUUCGACCAUGAAGGCCUGAUUCACGCAGUCUCCUCUGAACAGUUGAUGUUGAGAUGUGUCUGUUACUUGAUCUCUGUGAAGCAUUUAUUUGGGCUGCAAUUUCUGAGGCUGGUAACUCUAAUGAACCUAUCCUCUGCAGCAGAAGUAACUCUGGGUCUUCCUUUCCUGUGGCGGUCAUCAUGAGAUCCAGUUUCAUCGUAGUACUUGAUGGUUUUUGCGACUGAACUUGAAGAAACUUUCAAAGUUCUUGAAAUUGACUGACCUUCAUGUCUUAAAGUAAUAAUGGACUGUCAUUUCUCUUUGCUUAUUUGAGCUGUUCUUGCUAUAAUAUGGACUUGGUCUUUUACCAAAUAGGGCUAUCUUCUGUGUACCCCCCUACCUUGUCACAACACAACUGAUUGGCUCAAAUGCAUUAAGAAUGAAAUAAAUUCCACAAAUUAACUUUUAAGAAGGCACACCUGUUAAUUGAAAUGCAUUCCAGGUGACUACCUCAUGAAGCUGGUUGAGAGAAUGCCAAGAGUGGGCAAAGCUGUCAUCAAGGCAAAGGGUGGCUACUUUGAAGAAUCUCAAAUAUAAAUAUAUUUUGAUUUGUUGAACACUUUUUUGGUUACUACAUGAUUCCAUAUGUGUUAUUUCAUAGUUUUGAUGUCUUCACUACUAUUCUGCAAUGUAAAAAAUAGUAAAAAUAAAGAAAAACCCUGGAAUGAGUAGGUGUGUCCAAACUUUUGACUGGUACUGUAUAUACAUAUCCGCUAUGUGUAUGUACGGUAUAUAUAGUUUGGGUAUAAUGUGUAUAUUUAUGUUGUAUACACAGGGCACAUUUGUAAAAGACACCUUGGUCUCAAUAUUUCUUCCCUGUUAAAAUAAAGGUGAAAUAGAAUAAAACAAAUAAAAAAUAUUGAGCCUAAACAUCCAUCAGCUUUACUACACUCUCUAGUGAUCUGACCUGGGCUUCUCUUUCAGGUUAAGAUGUGGGCUUUUAGGACUUAUUGCCCAGUUAUCAAGUGCUUUGGGUUCAGAUGUAGAUGUUUGAAUCUAAGGACAAUCUGUCCUCCACAGGAGGUUGGUGGCACCUUAAUUGGGGAGGACGGGCUCAUGGUAAUGACUGGAGCGAAAUAGGUGGAAUGCUAUCAAAUUCAUUAAACACAUGGUUUCCAUGUGUUUGAUGCCAUUCCAUUUGCUCCGUUCCAGCCAUUAUUAUGAGCCAUCCUCCCCUCAGCAGCCUCCACUGCUGUCCUCAUACUGCAACAUCUGUUGGUGACGAUAGUCGAGACUUGUCCAUUCCUUUCAAGUUGUUGCAACUUGAACAAACAACCAGCCUUCGAUCACUAUGGGCAUCAUGGUCAUUUGUAGUGAUUGCAGACCGGUUCUUCGAAUAGAAAAUCUGUCAACUCGGUCAGGUUAUGGUGACAGUAGCAGUGAUGAGAGUUGUAACAGUGGAGGUAGUCUUAGGGGCUAUAACCAACUCUCAAGCUAGCUACUUUAAAUAAGAACAGCUGCUUUAAGAUACGGUAACAGUGGUGCUAGCCAUUAGCCUUUGUAGCUAACAAAUGUUCCUCUGCCAAGUGACAGCAUAAACAUAUCUCCCCAGGGUGACUUCACCUGGAACAGCCUGUCAGGGCGGAGUGUACGGCUGAUGCCGACGGCCAUCCAGAGCCUGUCGGAGCUGGAGCGAACCUGGCUACAAGAGGUGGCCUUCAACAGGCUCCAUCAAGACUAUGACCUAGGCUGCCAGAUCACCAUCCCCAAAGGUAAAGUAUAGAGGUGUCUGUGUGUGUGUGUGUAAAUGUCCGUCUGUCUGUCUUCCUUUCUAGUCCGUCCAUCCGCCUGUCCAUCUGUCUGUCUGUUCAUAUGGCUAGUCAGUCUGUCCCUGUGCCAAUGCUACAAGCGUUUUCACAAACAUUUGCCAUCAAUAUCUGGCUUGGACCGCUCCGAGACCAACCUCAAACUGUCUAGCAGACAACCGUGAACUUCCCCUCCACAGAGUGUGUUUGGGGAAGCUGUAAGCAUUUAUGAUUUGAGAUGUAAACCUCAGUACACAUGAUUUCCUAUACAGUACAUCUAGAAGACUCAGGAGUGAACUUCCUGUCUUAUGCAGUGUCAGUUAGACACUUAUACAUGAAGCCCUAUGUGUAGCCCUUUCCACUCAGUACCAUAGGGCCAUAGCCUGCUGCUCUGCUCUAAGUCAUGCUCUGUGGAGAACUGUAUAUUACCCAGGGUGUGCAUUCCAGUCAAAGGUUCUACCUCUCCCCCGGAUGAUUUAAUGCGUUUGUCUGUGUUGCUUAUGAAUUCCAGAACCCCUCAGGCAUGUGUUACUGAGAUAUUUCAGCACCACGACUGUGGGUUUUGCACUCGGCUGGUUCUCGUGUUUAUCUUGCGCCUGGGGUUGGGUUAGCCAGAGGCCCGGAGAGCCUUGAAAAAAUGUAGAAAAGAAAAUGGCACGUUGGAUCGUUUCACGAGUCGUUGGAGUGGGGAAGAGAGAGAGGACUGGAGGUUCCUGGGAUUGCCGUCCAGCUUUGCCGAGUCAACUGAGCCAAAAAUGUGUUUCAAACUAAUUGGGGGUCAGAGAAGAACGAGAAGAACUGAGAGAGUAGAGGAUAGAUCAGAUACCAGAGGGACUAGUAACUGACAUGAGAGGAUUAAAGAAAUUUUCUUCUUUAUUAUACUAUCUCUAUAGUAUUAUUAUUGCUAAUUCUUUAUCAUAUCUAUAUAUUCAUAUACUAUUAUCUAUAUUUAUAUCUAUCUUAUCUAGAAUAAGUGUAUAUUCUAUCUAUAUUAUUUAUUGUGUAUCUCAUUUAUCUUAUAUAUCUAUCUACUCUUCAUUCUAUCUUAUUAUUAUCUCUUCUCUCUAUACUUGAUAUAUCUUUAUAUAUCUCUCUUCUCUUCUCUUCUUUAUAUCUCUCUACUCUAUACUCUCUCUUAUGUGUCUAUCUCUUAUCUCAUAUCUACUCUGGUAUCUCUUUGCUCUCUUAUAUCUAUCUAUAUCUCUUAUCUAUAUUUUGUUUGUUUUAUCUUUAUGUUCUGCUAUAUAUCUCUAUCUCUUCUCUCUUACUUCUCUUCUCUCUUCUCUCUCUUGUGAUCUGCUCUCUUCUUCUUCUCUAUCUCUCUCUCUCUCUCUCUCUCGUCUCUCUUCUGUUCUCUCUCUCGUCUCUCUCCUCUCUCUCUCUCUCUCUAUCUCUCUCUCUCUCUCUCUCUCUCUAUCUCUCUCUCUCUCUCUCUCUCUCUCUCUCUCUCUCUCUCUGUGUGUUUGUCUCUCUCUCUCUAUUCUCCCUUUCUAUUCUUCACUCUUGUUCUCUCAUACUCUGUCUUUAGAUAUUCCAUAACGAUCUGUAGAUAUGUUGAAACAUAGUUUCUUAGCAACCUGUUCUAUAUCCCUGUUCCAAGAACAGUGGAUUUGACUGAGCCAAUGGGGGAAAAAAAUCCUUGUUAAGAUCGUAAACCAAUCAUAAAAGAGCAUACCCACUGGGCACAGACGUCAAUUUAACAUCUAUUCCACAUUGGUUCAACAUAAUUUCAUUGAAAUGACGUGGAAACAACGUUGAUUCAACCAGUGUGUGCCCAGUUAAUAACAUCUCGACUGUUUUGAAGACAGAUCAAUCAACUGUUUGAUUAGAGGUCGCUCUGGCUAUAGACACAGUUGUGAGGUAUUUCCCCAAUAAGAGUUCCAACCCCUGGUCCAAGCUGCCAGAGGUUUCCUGUACAUUAAUCAAAGAUCUUGCUAGGAGUCAUAGAUCUUGUUGACAGCUGACAAAACACUUCUUUCCCUUCCUCAUAACGGAUCAGUCCCUUUUCAAAAUGAAACCCACAUUUGGAUCCACGCUAAUUCAAAGCAUGAUGUGAAAUUGUCCAAAUAGUCCACUGCUGGUGAUAUCUAAUCUUGUAAAGUAGUGGGCUGUAAACUUGAUAUAAUAGUAGAAUAAUAUGCUAUAAACUAUAUAUUUACAUUGAAGGUGCUCAUCCUCUACUUUUCUCAGGGUUAAGUUUUACUUCCAGGAUUGAGCUCAGGUGAACUGGGGCCCUGAUUCCUUAAUAAAUCCUCUUCACAGGAAAGCCUGAGGAUCAAGAGGAAAUGAGAAUGUCCUCUGUUUCUUUCCUCUUGAUCCUCUAUUGAUAAAACCACUGGACCAGAGGCCAGAGACACUCAUCUGUCAUUUUUAUCGCUGCAGUGUUCUGAUAACCAAUGCUCUUUGAAGCCACUGGCUUGAUCAUGUCCAAAAUGGCCGACAUACAUGAUAAUGGAAGAGAUCACCUAAUGUGACAGCAGGUCAUUGUGUGUAUUGUUAUCAGUGUGUACAGAUAACUGACAGUUGUUUUUUCUCUCAGAUGGACAGAAAAGGAAGAAGUCGUUGAGGAGGAAGUUGGACUCAUUGGCAAAAGAGAAAAACAAAGAUAAAGGUACAUUGAUGUGAAGCCCUCAACAUGUUUGUCACUAGUUACCACAUCCACAAAGUCAUACACCCUGCCCAUUUCUUCAAUUUCUCUUGUUAAAAUGUUAUUUUAAACCUUAACCUUCACCUUAACCACACUGCUAACCUUAUGCCUAACCCUAACCUUCAAUUAACCAAAAGUAAUUUUUAAAUAUUUUAUUUAUUUAAUAUAGCCAAGUUUGACUUUGUGGCUGUGGUAACUAGUGGAAACCCCUCAACAUGGGCUUUUAUGGAAAGACUAAGUGCUUCGUACUGUACAGGUGUAUUGUCUUAAUUUGAUCACUCUGCAGGAAAUGCAAACUUGUUGUGUAUUCGAGUUUAAAAAAAAGCUUCUAAAAGUUAAUUUCCACUUUAAAAUGUCAGACUUGAUUUGCCCUUUCGGAAAAUGUAUCAACCUCUACAAAAAAUGUCCAUUUAUUAUCAUCCAUAUAAUAAUUCACAUGUCUUGUUGCUGCAGGAAUCUUUUCCUGCUGUGACAAACUGGGCAAAUUAAUAUAACAGAUCUGUAGGCUAUGCAAGCAGCGUCCUUCUUGGUAAUGAAUUAACACUGUUUAUCAAGGCAGACAUUGAAAGCAGGCCCUUCACUGUUGGUGCUUCAAAAUAGACAAAGGCGGCAUAAGGAUAGUGGAAAUAUUGGAAAUAUAAGGAUUGGGUGUCUUUUCAGAUGCAAACUAAAACCUGGGGUUAGGGGGGAGCGCUCGUGUUUUUUUUCUUUGGGUUUUCCUUUUUCCUUUUUUAUGAUGUCACUUACAUUUAUGAAGACGUUUUCCCAGUCCUGAACAUUUAGUUUCCCGAGAGAAUAGAAGCUUGCCGUCAGUCCCCAGCCCUACAUUCUUAGAAAAAAGCGUUCCAAAAGAGUUAUUCGGCUGUCCCCAUAGGAGAACCCCUUUUUGGUUCCAGGUAGAACCCUCUGUGGAAAGGGUACUACAUGGGACCCAAAAGGGUUUUAACUGGAACCAAAAAUGGUUCUUCAAAGGGUUCUCCUAUGGGGACAGCUGAAGAACACUUUAAGGUUCUAGAUAGCACCUUUUUUAAAGAGUAUAGCUCCUGCCCCAGGUGAAUAGCAGAGUGGCUAUGAAAACACAUACAUAUUUACUAGGGGAGGAGGAGGAUAUAUUUAGCAUAGUGGAGCGACUCCUUGUAAGGGGACUGAGCUGAAAUACAGCCACUCUGCCUGCAUCGCAGACGGCAUAUUUGGCAACGCGCUAACUACAGAUCUGAUGGAAAGGAACUCUCCAAUAGAGAUGGAGGUAAAAACUACUCCAAGUGUCUUCCACAUUUGCUCACAAGCUGUGGGGAACUUUCUUUGCAAUCAGUUUAUUCAAUGUAAACACGCACUGUAUUUCAGGCUCUCUCUGAUGCCGGUGGGCCUCGGUAGCACCAACUUCCUUUGUUGUGUCAACUCUGGGAUAUGUAAAGACUUCAUCACAGCAGCAGUCCCAUUCUCAGUUCUCUUGUCAUGUAAACUCACUGUGGGAGAGAUCGGCGGUCGAUAUCUAGAACAUUCCUCUGAGGUAGUGGGUUGGAAACAUAGUGGCUGUGAACAUGUAGGCUGACGAAUGCUGUGUCAUUAGUGUGUAUGUGUGUGUGUGUGUGUGUGUGCUUGUGAGUAAACCUUCUCAAUGUGUUUGGUUGUAGAGAGAGUGGACUGUGUGACCUAGCAUAUGUGGUUGUUUAGUACAUGAUGACUAUCUCUCUUUCUCUCUUUCCCUGCUUCCCUCCCCUCCUCUCUUUCCCGAUCUAUUGAUUAAAUAAAUAUAUAAAUCUCUCUAAAUGCCUCUACAUCUUCCUCUCAUCCCUACCAUCUCUCCAUCUCUCUCUGCUUCCCUCCCUCCAUCCCUGCUUCCCUCCCCUCCAUCCCUCUCUCUCUCCAUGCUUCCCUCCAUCCCUGCUUCCCUCCCCUCCAUCCCUCUCUCUCCAUGCUUCUCUCCAUCUCUCUCUUCCUUCCUCUCCCCCCACCUCUCUCUCCCUGCUUCCCUCCAUCCCUCUCUAUCCCUUCCGCUCCCCUCUCUCUCCCUCCCCUCCAUCCCUCUCUCUCCCUGCUUCCCUCAAUCUCUCUCUCUCUCCCUCCCCUCCAUCCCUCUCUCUCUCCCUGCUUCCCUCCCUCCAUCCCUCUCUCUCCAUCUCCUCUCUCCCUCUCUCUAUAUCCCAGCUGUGCUGUGUUGUCUUAAAGCUCUGGCUCAGUCUGUCACCAGAGUGGAACAUGUGUGAUGAUGUGGCAUGUGCUCUGGUCCAUUGGGCUGAUGUGAUGCCAUACUGGCCUUUGGAGCAGCCUCUCUCUCAGCUGUUUAGACAACCAUAGUACAUUUACUUACAUUAGGGUACACACUGCAUCAAACUCAAUCCUGAGAGGGACCUGUUUAUAAUGUAGCCUUCUACCACUGCACUGCAAAAACAGAAUGAGUUCGGGGACUGAAACAGAAAUCUGUCUGGGUGAUGCCUUUGUCUUGUGAUUGGGUGGACCUUGGGUUUGUGUUGACCGGAAGAUAGAUUGUCAUCCAAUGUCAACAACGGUUAACAAAUUGAACCUAACAUGGCUUAACAUUUGCUGUACUCUGUAUCUCUCUCUGUUCUGGUUUGGAGACACACUUGCUCUAAAGGUUGUUACAGUAGUUGAUUUUAGUGUGCUCAAUUUGAGUAUGCACACUAAAAUAGUUUCGUUUCUCUCCUAGACAGAGAAUGAGAGUAGUGCCAGAUCACACGGACGCUGUUAAUUGAGUUUACAAGACCAUGAGCCUGUUCUAAAAAUGACUUGUAGCUGUGCAGGCAGUCUCAGGACUUUAUUGUUAACUGGAAUCAAAGACCACCUGGCUAAUGUGGUGGGCUUACGUGCAGAGAAGUCUUAAACUGACUUACUGUUAAGAAAUGGUUCCUUGUUGACUUAUUUAUGGGAAAAUAGAGGCUGGAUGAGACGUUUUAUCAGAUUUAGUUUAAUCUGUUUUAUUCGUAGCAUGUGUAGUAAUCUCUUUUUGGCGUGUUCAUCGAAACACAGAUGGUAUCUUUAAAUAUUUAAUUGGAGAUUUGUUUCAUGUUGAUAAUCCUGAGCGGCGAAAAACCAAGUCUGUAAACAGCUAUUUUUAGCUUGAUCCCUUCUUUCCAUUAUGAUAAUUGCCUUUCUCUCUCUCUCUCUCUCUCUCUCUCUCUCUCUCUCUCUCUCUCUCUCUCUCUCUCUCUCUCUCUCUCUCUCUCUCUCUCUCUCUCUCUCUCUCUUUCUUUCUUUCUUUCUUUCUUUCUUUCUUUCUUUCUUUCUUUCUUUCUUUCUUUCUUUCUUUCUUUCUUCCUUCCCUUCCUCUCUAUCACUCUCAGUCUCAGACAUGUCAGUCAUGUCCCUUGUGUUGUCUCUUGGUCACUAUGAUAAAAAUACACUGUUGAUAUUGUUUUUAUGUAUCGAGAGCUUGGGACUGGUUCUAUCUGCAAAAAGAUGAUUCUGGGGUAAUUGGCUUUAAAGUUUCGAGCCCUCAUUGGUUUGAAUGGUGUCAGCUAUUUUUAUAUUGUAUUAUUUUGAAUUUAACAUGAAUUGGGGUAUUUAGAUUACUAUAUAGGUAGAGAACAUUGACCAGAAAAGGCUAUGUCAAUAACUAAAUUUUGACAAAAUGCAGGAUCUACCUGGAACCCAAAAGGGUUAUUCAAAUGGGUCUCCUAUGGGGACAGCUGAACAACCCUUUUAGGUUCUAGAUAGCACCAAUUUUCUAAGAGUGUACUGUCAGGGACCUGUGUCUGUUAGGGGAAUUGAUACAUAAUGUUAAAGGAAAAUACCACCCAAAAAAGUAUUUUUCAAUAGUCCACUAGAAGCUGGACAGACAGUGAGGGCUGAGUUCCUCACUGGAGAUCCAUGUACGUAACUUGAAUUUCCGUGCCAAGCUCCCAUUGACAUCAAUGCAUGAUUUACACAAACGUCUGAGCUACACACGCAUUUCUCCAGUUAGGAUUUGGCCCUGAAUCAGGAAACCUUAAAAACGUCAUUUGUUAUGUUUUUUUGUAUUACUAUUAUAGCUCACAUUAAGAAUGUCUCAAUUUUCUCUUGUGGGCCUAUCAAUGUCUCAAAGUAAAUAUGAUGUAGUCGAAUACGUGGAUACGUGCGCAAAAGCACCUGCGUCCAAAUAUUCAAAGAGUAAUCACAGAGCAAUCAAAACAAUAAGAAGCGUAAUCAAAUAAUCUCUCUUGUUCACACACAAACACAUUCACACAGGAGGCCACACACAUCUUUCAUGCACACACGACCAAACACACACACUCUCUCUCUCUCUCUCUCUCUCUUCUCUCUCUCUCUCUCUCUCUCUCUCUCUCUCUCUCUCUCCCUCUCUCUCCCUCUCUCUUUCUCUCUCUGUGAUAAUAAUAUGGUAUUUACAUUCCUCUCUCUCCCUCCCCUCCCCCCCAGAAUGCAUCCCCCAGGCCUUCGGUAUGGCCCUGUCCCAGGUGAUCGCCAACGACCGGAUCCACAGGCAGCGCCAGGACAGCCUGCGUCAGGACCCUCCUCCCAGGGAGGAGCAUAAGGACCCGUCGGACCUGGUGUCGUCCAUCCUGCAGUUUGCCACCAAGAGGUCCACCAAUAAGGAGCUGUCCAGCAGUAACUCCUCCCUCAGCUCCACCUCGGAGACAGCUAACGAGUCCACGUCACCCAACACGCCCGAGGCCGCCCCGCGGGGACGCAGGAGGGUGAGGGUCUCCCGCCACUCGCCUACCGUACCAACUCCAUACACACACUCUAUCGCUGUGUGUGUGUGUGUGUUCGUGUGCGUGUGUGUUUGUGUGUGUGUGUCUGUCUGUGACCUCAGGUAGAUGUGAGCUUGAUAAUGCUCUCAUUGGGGUCUGCAGGGGGGCAUGUCGGUGGACUCCAUCACAGAUCUGGAUGAUAACCAAUCCCGCCUGUUGGAGGCGCUGCAGCUCUCUCUGCCCGCUGAAGCAACCAGCAAGAAGGAGAAGCACCGGGACAAGAGGCUGAGCCUCAACCCUAUCUACAGACAGGUGCCUCGCUUGGUGGACAGCUGCUGCCAGCACCUGGAGAAGUACGGUACGAAUGAACACAGCCCAUCUCACUGAUCACACCUGGGGCCUGUUCAGUAGGGAACGAUGUAGUCAAAGGUUUCGCAACGGGAAAACGAAAACGAGCGCACGUAGCACCUCCCUGUUUCAAAACGUUUUCUUUGUGUUGGACACGGCUCUAUUCCUGUGGUCAAAAUCCUUCUCUUUGUCAGGGAUCACUCACCCGAUCUAACCCUUCAGGGUGCAGUCUGUUGGAUUUUCCAACCUCACAUCUUUAGCCCGCCCUGCACUGCCCAACCAAAUAUAGUAGCGUCUGCCCUCUCAUUCCUGACACUCAGUGAACCGAUUUUGUAAUCCUUCUCAACGUCGACCCCUGGGUUUACUCCCCCACUCUCCCGCUGUCUUUAAAUCCUCACUUGCUGGACUGAGCGUUAGGGGUUAAAGUCCUCUUAGGCAUGAAUGAGCCACAGUAGCAUUGGUUUAGGUUUGAGGGUUUAGUGUUUAGGGGUCAUGGGAGAAGAGCUUGAUGUCUGGAGGGUAAAGUUUUACUUCAGUCUGUGACUAUGAUGUCUGAUGUAAAAAGGGCUUUAUAAAUACAUUUGAUUGAUUGAUUGUGUUGAAAGGAGGGUUAUGGUGGCUACAUCUUCAUGUCUCUUCCAUCUGUGAUUAUUCGGCUUGAGUCUCUUUGACCAGUCCUCCACUGUUUCUUCCUACAGGUCUUCAGACGGUGGGGAUAUUCCGAGUGGGGAGCUCCAAGAAGAGAGUGAGGCAGGUGAGAAUCUAGGAGAGCCACUUUUUGAUAGUUCUUACACAUUGCUGCACAAAGCUGUUGUUUCAGCUCACCAUGAAUGGUCAGCGACACCUUAUAACUUAAUGAAUCUUAUUAAUAGGUGAUCUUGUAUGGUUAACUUAGUUGAAGCGUCGAUUGUGAAUUACACAUUUUAUUCAUUGACUGUUCUGGUUGACUAUAUGAUUUUGUAAAGGCUUUUUUUUUUUUUACAGGGGCCCAUGCUAAUUACAUUAUAUUUCUGCAUACUGUGAUAUAGAUAUAUGCUAUUGAUAUUCAUGUAUAUAAAUAGAAGUUAUUAAAAUUCAGAUAUAUUGACAGAAGAUAUUUAUAUUCAUGCAUUGGUUUUGAUAUUCACGCUGCUUCGGAGAAUACACACCCACUUAGCAUUAAUUCAGUGCAUGUUAUUAAAGCAAGCAGAGCGAAUGAACUUGGCCCCGGCUGAAGAGCCAGGCUCCUCUGUAGUCGUGGCCCUGCUCUACAAAGGGACGCAGUCGAGCCUUAAUGCCAUAUUUGUAAUUCAAGCAGGGCUUUUAGCAUUCAUCUCCAUCCCAUAAAGCUGAUCUAGGAUCAGUUUUGCCUUUUAUAUCAUAAUGAAUCAGAUUACAUGGACAGGCAUGUUCUGCCUAUAUCAUCCUAGUGUGAUUAUACUCUCUCUAGGUAAGCCCUCUUUCUAGUAUUUUUUUGCUCGCCAUUUAUUUAUUUUCUUCGUCCUUUUUUAUGUUAGUUGAAUAUUUUCUUUUGGUUAUUGUGACAGAAAACUCAAUCCGGUUUAAUGUUGCUUUGGACAAUGUCUCUGUUUUAAGGAGGUUCUAGUGUUUUCUGAGUUGUGUUCUCUGAGUUUGGACUUCUCGCCUUGUCUGUUUGCGUAGCUCAUACGCAACGCUCACAAUGGCAGAUCCUAAUCUUUCAUUCAAGUCAGCAGAAACAAGCACUGCUGCCAGCUAGUCUCAGUCUCAGUCUUAAAUGGUGUUGUUUCCGUUCUGUGACAGGGAGUUUAUUUUUAUUUUCAAUAUCUCACUGUUUGAGGGAAUACAAUGCUAUCAGCGUGUUGAAUCAAAAUGUCACCAUGUGAGAAAGUUACAUGACUUCUCACUGUAAUCCCCCGUUUGCUGACUUGGAAAAUAACUGACUAUAUCAUCAACAUCACUUAGAGAUGGUAUUUUCAAAGUUACUUAAAUCUCAGCCAUCUCUCACUUAAGGAAGUAGGCUACUUCCUGCCAACUUUUAGAUCUGUAACCAAGCUUUUAUCUAAAACACAAGCUAUACUCAAACUUCACUAUAAUGCUUAAUCAAAUAUAGUACUUGGUUAUAAUGCUUAUCUUACUGGACAAAGUGGACCCAUUUUAAUCCUGAGUAAUGCUAGGGGUCAGAUUGUGGAGUAAGCAGGUUGAUAUGGGAACAGAUCCGGUUGGACCAGGACUACCUGUGAGAAUGUUUUUACCACCAAGGUCACACCAGUGCUUGUGUGUGCGUAUCUGUGUAUCUGUGUGUCCCCGUAAUGUGUGCGGAAUGUGUUUACAUGCAUGUGAUGUGAAUAUGUGCCUGUGUGACUGAGUGUUUCUGUGAGUUCCCUUUCUAACUGUAGUCGCUAUAAGCAGUAAAGUAUGUGGAAUAUACAGUAUAUCUCAUGUUCUGUUUUUCUCUGUCUCUUAGCUGAGGGAGGAGUUUGACCGGGGAGUGGACGUCCAGUUAGAUGAGGAGCACAGUGUCCAUGACGUGGCCGCGCUGCUCAAAGAGUUCCUCAGAGACAUGCCUGACCCUCUCCUCACCAAGGAGCUCUACACUGCCUUCAUAAACACCAUGUGUGAGGAAACAUCAACUUCACUACUUAUGAAUACUACCCUCUGUGUGCAGUAGUAGACUCACUCUGUGCCCUCGGCCCAAUCACCUUGGUUGGCCUCUUUUAGUAGGACACACCCUCAGUUUGCACUAAACCCACACUUAAGAGUGUAUACUUUGGUCAAUGACACACAGACAUGCUGAAUGCACUGUGAAUGUUAGGCUUUAGCCUACCAGAGUGCAUACAUUGUGUCAAAUGUUGUGUAUGUGAAUGUCAAUGUCUACAUGUAUGUCUAUGUACAUGUAUAUUUGGUAUGUGUAUGUUGUGUGUAUGUAUGUGAGAGGGUGACAUCUUUCUAAUGCUUUAGACUGAAUCCUCACUCUUAACCUCUAACCUCUAACCCCUGACAUCUAACCCCUGACCCCUGUCUUUCCCCUCUGUAGUGCUAGGACUGUGAGGAGCAGCAGAGUGCCACCCAGUUCCUGGUCUACCUGCUGCCAGCCUGUAACAGCGACACCCUGACCUCUAACCUCUAACCUCUGACCCCUGUCCUUCCCCUCUGUAGUGCUGGACUGUGAGGAGCAGCAGAGUGCCACCCAGUUCCUGGUCUACCUGCUGCCAGCCUGUAACAGCGACACCUGACCUCUAAACUCUAACCUCUGACCCCUGUCCUUCCCCUCUGUAGUGCUGGACUGUGAGGAGCAGCAGAGUGCCACCCAGCUCCUGGUCUACCUGCUGCCAGCCUGUAACAGUGACACCCUGCAUCGCCUCCUGCAGUUCCUCUCCACCGUGGCCAACCAUGCCCACAACAGCCAGGACAAAGAUGGACAGGAGGUGAGGCGAAGACCCCCUCCGUUACCCCUACUAUUCCCCCUGAUUCCCAAAACAACCACAAGCCCCUACCACCUAAACCUCCCUAGAAACUUGGAUAGGUGUGUAACUGGCAUCAAGCUACCGUUUCAACAGUAUAGCUUCCUCCCUCACUAACUCGCACUGAGACUAGAUCUCGCGAUCUCGGAUUCUCUGUCUUGCAAACACACGUGACCGUCCUCCUGAAACACCUUAGCCAGCUGGGCCACGGAAAAGCUAGCAAUUCAAUGUUAGCAUAGGUGGAGGUAUUUCAACUUGAGUAAGUCCCACUUAGCACCGUCGUCAUGGUUCAUUAGUUCCUUAAUUAGAUCAUUAAUUCACCAAAGGGAGGAGAUGUAGAGUAUAUGGUGUUAAUAAGGGCUGGUAAACAGAUUAUUAGCACUUGAUUUGUCUUGAGUUAACAGCUGAUUAUGACGAUAUUAGGCAGCUCGCCAGGAUACAGGAUUUGCUUUGUCCUGUUUUGACCUGUCUAAUAAUGUUUUUCAGCUUUUCCUAAUGCCGUUUUAAUAUGAAACAUAUCUAUUUAUGCCAACAACCGUUAACACAUUUGGAACAAUUCCCCCCUCUUUUGUGGGAUUAAAGAUAGGAGACCUUGUUUGAGGCCUGAUGUUUCUCUUUGAUCCUGAGUGAUGGAAUUUAUGUGGUCAGGCCCUUUUUGAGGUGGCAGAUUAACUGAGACAUAAUAUCUUUCCUUUAGCUCAUAGGUCAGGUAGAAACCCACAGCAUCUAUCUGGGUUUGGUACCAUCUUUACCAUUGAUCUGGUCCAUCUGGCUUCCGACACUCCGGUUCCGUGACUCUGGUUCCGCUGGGGCUUGGUGUUCUCCUGUAUUCUGUCUAUCCCACCACACCACUAUGCUACAUUGGUCUCAAUGUUCUUUCCCAAGCGCCCUCCCGCCUCCUCUCCUCCUCUCCUCCUUUUCCUCCUUCGUUCCCUAUCUGCCAUCUGAAGCAGGAAGUGGGCUAAUUUCAAGCUCGCGGCUCGGGCGGGGGGGGGUGGAACGGCGGAUCAACACGUUUAAUCGCGCUCGUGUUCCUAGCACUCUGUGCGGAUUGAGGGGGUGAGGGAGGAGGGCAGAGGAGGGUGGUGGGAGGGAAGGAAGAGGGCGGGGGGGAGAAGGGAGAGGAACAAGCUCUCAGGGACGCGCAACCAAAACACUGUGAUGUCAUUGUGUCCCUCUGACGCACAGUAACUGAUUGGUCUCUUGAUGUGGUCAAGGGGACGAGGCUAUUUCGGAGGGUUGGAGACAGAGGGCUGCUGCUCUGUGACAACGUGGUGAAGUCUCAGUUUAGCCAUUGUAGUGUGUUCUUCAUAGCUAGUUAUUUUCCUGAAGCACUCAGUAAAAAUAAAAGGAAACUCAAUAUAGUAUUCUGUGAGGUCAAUAUAGUAGUCUAUGAGGUCAAUAUAGUAUUCUAUGAGGUCAAUAUAGUAUUCUAUGAGGUCAAUGUAGUAUUCUACAUUUGUUUCAGGAAGUAUAAUGCAAAAGGAAUAGUUUUCCAUAGUGUGUCUCUUUGUGUUAAUGACAAUCAAUUGCACUUGUUUGCCUAGUCUAGUGUGGCUUGACUAAGGAUGUGAUGUUUGACGCAACCACAACCACAACCACACAUAACCCAUGCUAUUCAUGAAUCACAUACAGGACACACUAAAACUGUAUGCACUCACUGUGCUGUCAGUGGCUUUAGAUAAAACCAUCUGCUAAGCAGCUGCCACUAUUUUUAUUCCUAUGUCCUCAUCUCCUCCAGGUGACGGGGAACAAGAUGACCUCUCUGAACCUGGCCACCAUCUUUGGUCCCAACCUGCUCCACAAGCAGAAGAGUUCAGACAAGGAGUUCAGCGUGCAGAGUUCGGCCCGCGCCGAGGAGAGCACCGCUGUUAUCGCUGUCCUCCAGAGGAUGAUCGCAACCUUCCACUCCCUCUUCAUGGUGCGUGGGGGGGGGGUUCUGUGUGUGUGCGUGGCUGCGCAUGUAUGUGUGUGUUUGUUUGAUAGAUGUAAUACUUUGAACAGCGAUACAGAGAUACUAUGUAUGUGUGUAUUUAUAUCCUACCCACUUUCCCAUCUCCUGUUUAGUCUCUUUAUAAUACAACCUUGCACGUAUAUUGUAAUUGCAAAGGCAGGUACUGUGUAAUUACAGUAAUGUAUUCGUACUAGCCAGUUCAUUGUGAGUUCAUUGUAUACACUGUACACAGGUGAGGUGACAUAGUUGUAGAUAAGUUGUAACAACUACAUAACCUACAUUGUGUAAACUCAAUCUGUUUAUGUAGUUGCCAUGUCAAAUACAUGGGUUUAGCACUGACACAUUUGAUGAACUCUCCAUGUCUCGGGUCCGUAUACAUCCAUUCCAUUUCUAUUUCCAUUACCUCUGCCUCUCCUCUUUCUAUCUAUCACACAUUCCUCCCCCUCUCUCUCAGGCCCUCGAAAGAAAGAAAAAACAAUAGGAGAGAGAGAAAGGAAGUCCCACCCUCGUCGAAGUCCCGCCUCCCUCCCCCCUAUCCCUCCCUCCUCUUAGCCACUCGCCUUACCCCAUCCCUCUCCUCACUCUCAGGUGCUCUCUCUCCCUCUCUCUUCUCUCUCUCUCUCUCUCUCUCUCUCUCUCUCUUCUUCUCUCUCCUCCCUCCCUCUCUCCUCCCUCCCUCUCGCCUCCCUUACUCGUCCCGGGUUGGCAGUGCCACUCUGUAACACAUAUCUGCAUCCCAAAUGGCACCCUAUCCGCAGCCUGUGUUUAAGUUAGAGAAUCCCCAGGCUUUACCAGACAAUGGCUGUGUCUUAUAGAAUGAAAACAGAGCUCUGUGGGCCUUUGUUAGGCUGUUAGAGCUGAUCCUGGACCUGAUUAAAGGCCUUAAGGCCCAGUCCCGGACCACUACAGAGCACAGUCUUUUGAGACGCUGCCAGAGGGACUUAUGGGCCAAUCCCUUGCACUGAUUGUUCCACCACCACCACCACCAUUUCCCUGAACAGAAGUCGUAUUCGUUGACACUUUGCAGAGGUUGUUUUUCCCUCUGCUCAGAUCAUGGAAUUCUUGGUAGUGGAGGGACGCUGGAAAGAGGUCUUGUUAGGUCCUGAAAUUAUAUACCUCGUGUUUUCGACUGGGCAGGGUUGUUGCUGAAGGUCCUGACGUAAACCAAAAAAAUAUGUUUGUAGCUCUUUAGUUGAAUGUGUUUGGCCUGUCGUGCUUCAUUGCCAAAUCACUUGUUUUAUGACCCAUGUAUUUGAUUGCCCAAUGCCCAGACACUAUACAUCAGGGAGGGGCAACUUUGAUGUGGGCAAAAAAAAACGGAACUCAUCAUGACGGGCCGCAAUGGCUCGUCGGUCUGCAUACAUUUUAGUUUUAAAGUUCAUUUCCUGCAAUUCUGCACAUUUUGCCCGUAGCGUAGAGAAAAUGUUGCUGUUUUAAAGCAAGUUUGCUUCAAUUUGACACAUUUUGCCAUGGGGCCGAGAGAAGAUUUAGCAAUUUUCUAACUCAUUUCAUGCAAUUCUACUCAUUUUAUGCAAUUCUACUCAUUUUGCCAUGGGAUGGAGGCAAAUGUUUGCAGUUUUUAAUAUGACAACUGAUGAUCAAUGGACCCCACCCUGGUCGGUAAUUCGACCAAUAUUACUACAAGUUUAGAUAGCUGGCUGCUAGACUAAUUUACCAAUCCCCCCCAAAAAAAGUGCUGACAUGGGCUAAUUGAGUGACUGCUGAUGCACAACCAAAUUUCGAAAUUGCACCUUGUGUAUUCUAUUAUUCUAACUCUCAACAGUAAGUAGAGACCCCGAUAAAGCCCCCCACCCCCCCCAAAAAAGGUAGUUUUGUUUGUUUGUUUUUUGGUGUGAAAUUUGUCCACGGGCCUACAAAAGGGCCAGUUGCCCGUCCCUGCUAUACAUGGAUCCAUAGACUGGUAUUUAAUAGUAUUCCAUGUUAUAAUAUGUGUUCAUGUAUUGAUUGGCUUGUGAUCACCAAACGUGAAGAUGGAGAAAGUUAGACUCAUGUUCACCAUGAAGUUGUCUUGGUCAAUAGUACCCCCUAGUGCUCAUCAUAUGCCAUUACAUACAUAAACUGACCAUUUUUUAUGUACUUGUUUUGGUCAUUUACAUUUACAUUUUAGUCAUUUAGCAGACGCUCUUAUCCAGAGCGACUUACAUUUAGUGAGUGCAUACAUUUUUCAUACUCAUGGUCAUGUCUGUUAUUGUCUGUGUGUAGGUGCCCCCAGACCUGCAGAAUGAGGUCCUGAUGAGUUUACUGGAGACUGAUCCUGAUGUGGUAGACUAUCUGCUCAGGAGAAAGGCAUCACAGUGAGUACAUUGGCUCCAUGGCACAUAUCACAGUCACACAUUUUGAAUACUCAUCGAAAGCAGUUGCUUAGCCUUGUGUUCAAGUCUGUGGAGAGAAAGUGAAGAAGCCAUUAUCUAUGGCAAUAUCUUCUCAUUCUCUUCACCCAUCCUUUUCUCUCCCUUGUCUCAUCCCUCCCUCCAUCCCUCCCUCCACAGGAGUCCAGACUUGUUGCGAUCGGAAGAUCCUUUCUCCCUGAGCGAGAGGCGCUCCUCCAGUGACUCCAACAAGGUCUCCAGUGGAGAGGUGUCCCCCUAUGACAACAACUCCCCCAUCCUGUCUGAGCGCCUGGGGGAAGGGACCAGUCCAGGGUCAGAGAGGCUCUUCCGUGUCCCAGAACAGUACACCCUGGUGGGGCCGGUGGCAGGACGGACGCGGGACCCCCAUGGGUCCAAUCCCUGGGUCUCAAAAGGUGAGAGGACUACUGUCCAGUCGUACUUAGCUGUGGUUGAUAUAAUCGUGGUGGUGCUGGUGGUGAUUAUGAUAAUGAUGAUGAUGGUGGAGGUGAUGAUGUGGAUGAAGAUGAUGAUAAUAAUCUUGAUAAUGAUGAUGAUGAUUAUGAUGGUCCCUAAACAUGGUCAUCUUCAUUAUGUCCUAUACAUCAGAGGAGCAUGCUAAUAUCUGGGGAGCCUGGCAUUCCACUCUGAAACCAGGGCUGAAGGAUCAGCCUUAUGCAGGUAAGCUGUUGAAAUGUAACAAUCCAUUUUUUAAACUUUUACUUAUCUUCAUUUUCUUACUUUUCCCAUUGACAUCUGUAUCUCCAGGUUCCCAUAGCAACAUGUCAGAGGGCAGCUCACGCAGCUCCCAGGAAGGACUUGACGGUCUCCAAGGCGACGCCAGGCAGGUGGUACGACAGACACAGACUUCGCUGGGUGUGGCCGAGUGCAGGCCCCACCCCCCUGUGACACGGGUCUGCAGCAGCCCUCACGGCGAGGCGGGACGGCCGCGCCUCCAGCUGAGCCUCAACCCCGUGACCCCACCCCAUCUGCACCCCGAUGGCCAAUCAGCAGCUAGCAGCGCAGAGGACCUCCCACACCUCCCCCAUGACAUUGGACACCAGUAUAGCUCCAGCCCUAACUCCACCAACUCGGGUCCUGCCCUCUCAGGGCGUCCUCCCCCUCCCCCGUACGGUGGCUCGUCCUCCAGGCUCUCCCCUGCUGCCUCUAAACCAGCCCAGCCUGCCUCCCCCGCAGCACCUCCUCACCAGCACCCCCUGCAGGGUGGGAGGCCACCAGUGCCACAGAACUCGGUUUCCCCCACCACGGACGGCAUGGUACCCAUGAGCCCAGAGUGGCAGGACUGGCAGAGGGACAGGUGGCAGAUCUGGCAACUCCUGUCCUCCGAAAACGCAGACACACUCCCAGAGACACUG